AUUAUAUCGACUACAAUAAGCUUCUGGAAUUUUUUGUUCCGUCAAGAUUGUCAGUUAUAAAUCAAUGUGUGUUUUGUGUAUACCAGUUUUUCUUCUCUAAAUUUCUGUUCAUCUAUCGUGUACCAAAUCACAAUUAAAAUGGAAAUGCAAGCGGGUAAAAUGCACAAAAUCUUACGACCACUGUGUUGGAUAAUGGGAACGUGGAAACCAGUUUGUGCAGUAAGUGAACAUCCCACAAAAUAUGAACCUCGUCCUUUUAAAGAAAUUUUAAGUUUUACAUCUCUAGGACAACCACAAUUAAAAUUUGAUUCAAUAAGUUGGGAUUCAGAAACACUAAUACCUCUUCACAUACAAAAUGGUUAUUUAUAUAUAGAUGAAGUAGGAAAAAAUGUCAGUUUAGUAACGGCUCAUAGUAGAGGGUUUGCAAGUGUUGAAGUUGGAAGAGUAAAAGGUUGUAAUAUGAAACUCAAAAAUCAGAUCAUUGAACACGGAGAGACAACACCUAAAAAAAUAACAGCCUUCCGAAGAGAAUUUAGUUUAAACAACAAGGGUCAGUUAGUUUACAAAAUGAUGAUGCAAACUGAAGAAGAUAGUCAAUUGUUUACUCAUUUAAAAGCUGUAUAUGAGAAAUCAUGUUAAACUCAAACUUUACAAAAAUCAUACUUAUUGUCUUAUUUUUAAUGUAAUUUGUAAUGCCAUGUGAAAUUUUAAUAAAUAGAAUAUUAUUUUUAUGAAAA